AUGUCGCUAUAUCGCUUGGUCUUCGGGAAAACAUGUCAUUUACCUGUGGAAUUGGAGCAUAAAGGUUUUUGGGCCGUGAAAAAAUUGAACUUCGACAUGAGUCAAGCUAGGGCAAAGAGGAAGUUGCAGCAAAGUGAAUUAGAAGAACUUCGCAAUGAUGCUUAUGAAAGUGCAAAAAUUUACAAAGCUAGAACCAAGGCGUUUCAUGAUAAGCAUAUUGUGAGAAAAUCUUUCGAGCCAGGUAUCAAAGUCUGGUUGUUCAACUCCAAGCUGAAGCUAUUUCCAGGGAAAUUAUGCUCAAGAUGGGAUGGUCUACACCAAGUUCCAACGGUAACCCUUCACGGGGCUAUCACCAUUUUUGACCCAAUACUACAAGUAAAUGGUCGGAGAUUGAAGUUGUACAUUGAAGAUUAUGUGCCUACAGAAGGAGUUGAAUCUGUCACUUUGACGGAUCCCAUUUACUCCACCUAA